UGGUAAGCUCUAUCACUGAGCCCGCGGGAGUGAAACUGCCGGUUCGCAGCCAGCCAAGCGAGUGUGAAGAAUAGAAGUUAAGUUACAGUUUCCGGUGACACCGUCAGUCAAGCCUCACAGGGAUCCUCGCUGGCGGCUUGCGGCGGCCGGAGCACCAGCAGCGGCAGCAGCAGCAACAGGGCGCCGGAGCCGAGCGAGAUGUCAGCGGCGGCUCCAGCCUCCAGCUUCCAGGGGACUUACCGACGAGCCGCCACGCCGCUACCCGCCACUCCCAGCAGCAACAACAACAGCAGCGGCAGCGGGAGAGGAUGCGAAUGGUGACCGGGCGGUGGAGUCUACUCACACGGGGAGGAUGUAGCAGCGCCGCGGUAUUUCUUGCGCCUCCAACUAACGUCAGUAGAGUAGUAGAGGGGAGAUAGCCCAGGAGCUAGUAGAGUAGUAGAGGGUAGAUAGCCCAGGAACUAGCUGCUUCACUAACAUACAUGAAAUAAAGUUGCUCCCGGAAAGGGGGGAGAGACUGUGGGAGCCAAGCCGGGGGAGGGGGAGUCUCUCUGGGAGGACUUGGAAAUCAAGAUGCUACGAAGAAGACUGAACCGACUGCUCAAAGGCGAAGAAAGAAGAUUGGACAGUAGGACGAUCUACAUAGGCCAUCGGCCACGUUCUGCCAGCGAGCCUUUCACCCCGCCAAAGUUUUGUGACAACAGAAUUGUGUCAUCCAAGUAUACCGUGUGGAACUUUUUACCAAAGAACCUGUUUGAACAGUUCAGAAGAAUUGCCAAUUUCUACUUCCUUAUCAUCUUCCUGGUGCAGGUGAUAGUGGACACCCCCACCAGCCCAGUCACCAGUGGCCUACCUUUAUGUUUUGUGAUUACAGUGACAGCCAUCAAGCAGGGCUACGAGGACUGGCUGCGGCACAAGGCCGACAACGAGGUGAACAAGUACCCGGUGACGGUGCUUGAAAAGGGUCGGAGGCUACGGAAGGACAGCGAGAAGAUUAAGGUGGGAGAUGUUUUGGAAGUGGAGGAAGACGAGACUUUUCCCUGUGAUUUAAUCCUGCUCCAAUCCAGCAGAGAUGACAGCACCUGUUUUGUUACCACUGCAAGUCUGGAUGGAGAGUCCAACCACAAAACACAUUACACUGUCCCAGACGUAGAGGAUCUGGAAUCCCUCAGUGCCACGAUUGAGUGCGAGCAGCCACAGCCUGACCUUUAUAAGUUUGUCGGCCGUAUGAACAUCUACAAAAGCAAUCAGGAACCUGCAGUCAGGUCCUUGGGCCCUGAGAACCUGCUGCUGAAAGGGGCAACUUUAAAGAAUACGCAGAAGGUGUCCGGUGUUGCUGUUUACACUGGCAUGGAGACUAAAAUGGCUCUCAACUAUCAGGGCAAGUCCCAGAAGCGUUCUGCUGUGGAGAAGUCCAUCAAUGCCUUCCUUUUGGUUUACCUUUGCAUAUUGUUGAGCAAGGCACUGGUGUGCACAACACUCAAGUAUGUUUGGCAAAACACGCCUGGGCAGGAUGAGCCCUGGUACAAUGAGAAAACCCAGAAGGAGAAGGAAACCAAUCUGUACCUAAAGAUGUUCACUGACUUCCUGUCAUUCAUGGUGCUCUUCAAUUUCAUCAUUCCUGUGUCCAUGUAUGUGACGGUUGAGAUGCAAAAGUUCCUCGGAUCCUUUUUCAUUGGCUGGGACAAAGACUUUUUUGACCCAGAAAUCCAGGAAGGAGCGCUCGUCAACACCUCCGACCUCAAUGAGGAACUAGGACAGGUGGAGUACGUCUUCACAGACAAGACGGGUACCCUCACCCAGAAUAACAUGGAGUUCAUCGAGUGCUGCAUCGAUGGAAUCCAGUACAAGCACCGCAACACAGACCCCACGGGGGACGGAUUGUGUGUCACAGAUGGGCCCGUGAACGGACUGAAGCAAAAAGCUGACAAGGACCGUGAGGAGCUGUUUCUGCGCGCGCUUUGCCUGUGCCACACGGUCCAGGUGAAGGAGUCCCCCGAGCAGAGUCAGCCACAGGCUGACCAGGUGGACUGGCUGCAAACGGAUGGUGACGUGCACGAGCAACCUCGCAACCAGACGGGCUUCAUUGCUUCCUCACCUGACGAGGUCGCUCUGGUCAAGGGUGCCAUGAGGUAUGGCUUCACAUUUCUGGGUCUGGAAAGUAAAGCCAUGAAAAUCCUCAACAACAGCAAUGAAAUCGAAGUAUAUGAGCUGCUCCAUGUGUUGAACUUUGACCCAGUGAGAAGGCGAAUGAGUGUCAUUGUCAAAGGCAAAUCAGGUGAUAUCCUGCUCUUCUGCAAGGGAGCAGACUCCUCCAUUUUCCCCCGUGUCAAACUGGAGGAAGUGGAAAGGAUGCGCAUGCACGUGGACCGGAAUGCGGAGGAGGGCUACAGAACAUUGUGCGUGGCGUACAAACGUCUCAGCACGGAGGAGUACGCCCAGGCGGACGCGGGACUGAGGGAAGCCAGGCUGGCCCUGCAGGACAGAGAAGCGAAGCUCAUGGCCGUUUACAACGAGGUGGAGACCGGCAUGAGUCUCAUCGGGGCGACUGCCGUUGAAGACCGGCUUCAAGAGGAGGCGGCGGAGACGAUGGAGGCGCUGCAGGGGGCCGGCAUCAAGAUCUGGGUCCUAACGGGGGACAAAAUGGAGACGGCAAAGUCCACCUGUUUCGCCUGUCGACUGUUUCAGAGGAGCACUGAGCUGUUGGAGCUGACAGUGCGCACUCUGGAAGGAGGUCGGAAGCGUGAGGAGCGGCUGCACGAGCUACUAGAGGAGUAUUACAAGAAAGCCGUGAAGGAGGCGCCGCUCUUUGAGGCUGCCAGCGCUCGCAGGAGCUGGUCCGGUCCUAACCACGACUAUGGUUUUAUUAUUGACGGAGCCUCUCUGUCAAUGGUGCUCAACUCCACGGAUUCCAACUCCAGCCACUACAGGAACCUUUUCCUCCAAAUAUGUCAAAACUGCACCGCGGUGCUCUGCUGCCGUAUGGCUCCGUUGCAAAAGGCCCAGAUUGUGAAACUGGUGAAGAACUCUAAGGGCAACCCAAUCACCCUCUCCAUUGGAGAUGGUGCCAAUGAUGUCAGCAUGAUUUUGGAAGCUCACGUAGGCAUUGGAAUUAAAGGCAAAGAAGGCCGCCAGGCGGUGAGGAACAGUGACUACGCCAUCCCCAAGCUCAAACACCUCAAAAAGCUCCUGCUAGCACAUGGACACCUGUACUAUGUUCGCAUCGCUCACCUGGUGCAGUAUUUCUUUUACAAGAACCUUUGCUUCAUCUUACCUCAGUUUUUGUACCAGUUUUUCUGUGGCUAUUCCCAGCAGCCCCUCUUUGAUGCAGCCUAUCUGACGAUGUACAACAUCUGCUUCACCUCUAUGCCCAUCCUGGCUUACAGCCUCUUGGAGCAGCACAUCUGCUUGGAGGCUCUGCUGAGCAAUGCCCCCCUCUACAGAGAGAUUCGCAAGAACGCCAUGUUGCGAUGGAGACCCUUCCUCUAUUGGACUUUGCUCGGAGUAUUCCACGGUUUGGUCUUCUUCUUUGGUGUUCGAUGCCUGUUUAGAAACUCAGCCCUGCAGGAUGACGGCCAGGUUUAUGGAAACUGGUCGUACGGCACAAUCGUCUUCACCGUCCUCGUCUUCACUGUCACACUAAAGCUUGCUUUGGACACACGUCACUGGACGUGGAUCAACCACUUUGUCAUUUGGGGCUCCCUUGCUUUUUACAUGCUCUUCAGUUUCUUCUGGGGAGGAAUAAUAUGGCCCUUCCUCCGCCAGCAGCGUUUGUACUUUGUGUUUGCCACCACGCUGAGUUCACUGACAGCCUGGCUGGUCAUGAUCCUGCUCAUCGUGCUCAGCCUGCUCCCGGAGAUCCUUCUGGCCGUGGUCCGCAAGCCCUGCAGCCCGUUUGCUCAGAAGAAGAAGCCGGUUCAGUCGAACGCGGGGGGCCCCCCCUCUCCCCGGUCGUCAGCCAGGCCCCUGCUCAUGAGAACCUUUUCAGACGAGUCCAAUACUGUCAUUUAAACAAGCCGCCAGAGGAUGACCUCCAGUGAGCAGCCAGGUGGAGGCGGUGGCGUCCGUCUCCUACAUGCAGCUCAAGGCGCGCCAGUGAAAAGCGGGACUCGCACCAAGGGCGGCGGCCACAUUCAGGGUUCAGGUCUGACCGCCGCCCCCCGGAGGCAAAACAGACGUUCUUAACAGCAAGUUUUUUUUCCCGUCCCGAGGCCACGCCCUCCUCGCGGCGCCCACGCAUGCCUGCAGGGCGGUGCCCUGCAUUGUUACUGGAAAAGAAAAACACUCAAGACGUGAGUACUCCCGUCUUUUUUUUUUUUUGCCUUGUCCGAUGUCCACUCCAGCCGCAUGGAAAAAGAAACACUUUCUAGAGUCUCACGGUUUUAAGAUGACGUCCUAGUCCAAGAUCUGCUUCAUGGCUCUUUUACCUUCUUUUCCAUCAUUUUGUGUCUUUUUUUAAGUCAAACACUCGCAGGUUUAAAUUGUGCAAGAACCAAACUGUUUCAAUUUGAGAAUUAAGUCCAAAAUGUGUGUGUGUGUUUGCGCGCGCGUGUGUGUGUGUGUGUGUGUGUGUGUGUGUGGGUGAAGGACUUGAUUAGUGAUGUCGGACCUAAAUAGUUGAGUUGAUCAUGUCAGAGUCUAAUUAAGAAGAGAGGAAUAAUAUAUGUGAUUUUACUGUAUGUAGAGAAGCUCCAAAAGCCAAAAAAAAAGGUCAAAGAUGUUGUGUCCUCGUACUUGUGCGACUCGCUAGAUAGUUUUCUGUCUUCUCACCAGUUUAGUGAUUCACCAGUCGGACGUUUGGAGACAUUUUCUCAUUAAAUAGCAUUAUUUUGACAGUUUUAAGUACCAAAAAAGAGCAGGCCACACUUCAAACGUGUACUGCAGCCCAUGGGCCGAGGGUCGGCAACCUUCAGCUCGUCCUUGCGUGGAACUCUUCGCAGGAGAUUUUGUUUUCUCCCAACAACAAAGUGAGGAAUUUUCAAGAAGAGUUCUAUAUUAUUCUGACUGUCCGUGAGGCCGUGCAUGUAAAAUACAGGCCAAAAGGUUGGACACACCUUCUCCUCAUUCAAUGGGUUUCUUUAUGUUCAGGACUAUUGUAGAUUGUCACUGAAGGCAUCAGAACUAUGAAUGAACACAUGUGGAAAAAGGUGAAAUAAUUCUAGUUUAUAUUCUAGUUUCUUCAAAAUAACCACCAUCUAAUUACCGCUUUGCACACUCAUGGCAUUCUCUCCAUGAGCUUGAAGCACACCUGUGAAGUGAAAACCAUUUCAGGUGACUACCUCUUGAAGCUCAUCUAAAAAUCUAUUAUUUCUGGCGGGCGUUGUGGCACCCUACCCUGUUCAGCAGUCCUUGAACACACCGUAAAAACGCAUCGGUUUGGUAUGUGCAAAGAGAGCACAUUUUGUAGGUUCAAUAUGCAAAAUUCAAUAUCUUAGUCGCUCGGACAGGAUGAGCUUCAAGAGGUAGUCGCCGGAAAUGGUUUUCUCUUCACAGGUGUGCUUGAAGCUCAUGGAGAGAAUGCCAUGAGUGUGCAAAGCCGUAAUCGGAGCAAAGGGUGGCUAUUUUGAAGAAACUAGAAUAUAAAACAUGUUUUCAGUUGUUUCACAUAACUCCACGUGUUCAUUCAUAGUUGUGAUGCCUUCAGUGACAAUCUACAAUGUAAAUAGUCAUGAAAAUAAAGUUCAUUCAUAUUUUGGAUGCCUUCAGUGACAAUCUACAAUGUAAAUAGUCAUGAAAAUAAAGAACACGCAUUGAGUGAGAAGGUGCGUCCUAACUUUCGGCCUGUACUGUGUACAGGCUCAAACCUGACUGGAGAUGUGGUAAAGGGAUUCAUAUGGCCCCCUUCCAGUUAAUUAUUUUGCAAUGCAGUCUGCUGAAAAUGAUGGAAAGCGCUAGGAGUGUCAAAAAAAAAUAAAAAAAAUUCUAAUGAAUCGCAAUUCUUACAUGUAACGAUUCUGAAUCGAUUCAAAAAUCUAUUUAUUUUUUUUAUGUGUUUUUCAGGAAAAUCAUAUUGUUGAUUAAGAUGAUAUAUAUCUGCUGUACAGAUUUUCAUUUGAUACUUAUUGUUAUUUGUAUUUGGUAGAAUUUUAUAAGACACAACCACUUUUAUUUAAAGUAAUAUAAAAAUUGAUCAGAGCUGUUAAUGUAGUUAAUCAAAGAACUGCCACCCAAUGUUAUUACAAUUUAGAAUUAAGAAUCGUUUUGAAUCGAAUCAAAAACCCCAAGAAUCGAACCACGUUCCUCGAAAGCGCCACUCUACAUAGCAACUGAUAGUCGCCAAAUUUGGAACUGCUAAAAAAAAGUUUAAGAUAUUCAACACUCUACUGCCACCCGGUGGCUGAAGUGGAUAAUGCAGUCUCCCAAUUUGUCACGUUUCAUGUGUCAGUUAAACUGCGACGAACGGGGUCAUAUUCCUACUGCAUGUGGAAGACUCAUCACGAAUACUCCGAAGAAAAUAGAGAGUUUAAUUUGGCGUGGAGCGAUUUGAUGGUCAGUAAAAAAUAAAAAUGAUUGUAAAUUUAUAA